AUGGCACUAGCCCUUCUGGCCAGUGUUACACUGGGAACUCAUGUCCAGCUGAUUGUCCACCAUGACACCUCUCCGCGCAUCUGGCCACUCUACCUACGUCACACGAAGCUCCGCGCCUCUGGCCACUCUACCUACAUCGCGCGAAGCUCCGCACCUCUGGCCACUCUACCUACGUCGCGCCAAGCUCCGCGCCUCUGGCCACUCUACCUAUGUCACCCGCUCUACCUACGUCACACAAAGCUCCGCGCCUCUGGCCACUCGACCUACGUCACACGAAGCUCCGCGCCUCUGGCCACUCGAACUACGUCGCGCCAAGCUCCGCACCUCUGGCCACUCUACCUACGUCACACGAAGCUCCGCGCCUCUGGCCACUCUACCUACGUCACACGAAGCUCCGCGCCUCUGGCCACUCGAACUACGUCGCGCCAAGCUCCGCGCCUCUGGCCACUCUACCUACAUUGUGCCAAGCUCCGCACCUCUGGCCACUCUACCUAUGUCGCGCCAAGCUCCGCGCCUCUGGCCACUCUACCUACGUCACACGAAGCUCCGCGCCUCUGGCCACUCUACCUACGUCACCCGAAGCUCCGCGCCUCUGGCCACUCUACCUACGUCACACGAAGCUCCGCGCCUCUGGCCACUCUACCUACGUCACCCGAAGCUCCGCGCCUCUGGCCACUCUACCUACGUCACAUGAAGCUCCGCGCCUCUGGCCGCUCGACCUACGUCGCGCCAAGCUCCGCGCCUCUGGCCACUCUACCUACGUCGCACGAAGCUCCGCGCCUCUGGCCACUCUACCUACGUCGCACGAAGCUCCGCGCCUCUGGCCACUCUACCUACGUCACAGGAAGCUCCGCGCCUCUGGCCACUCGACCUACGUCGCACGAAGCUCCGCGCCUCUGGCCACUCUACCUACGUCGCACGAAGCUCCGCGCCUCUGGCCACUCUACCUACGUCGCACGAAGCUCCGCGCCUCUGGCCACUCUACCUACGUCGCACGAAGUUCCGCGCCUCUGGCCGCUCUAUCUACGUCGCACCAAGCUCCGCGCCUCUGGCCGCUCUACCUACGUCACGCGAAGCUCCGCGCCUCUGGCCACUCUACCUACGUCGCGCGAAGCUCCGCGCCUCUGGCCACUCUACCUACGUCACAGGAAGCUCCGCGCCUCUGGCCACUCGACCUACGUCGCACGAAGCUCCGCGCCUCUGGCCACUCUACCUACGUCGCACGAAGCUCCGCGCCUCUGGCCACUCUACCUACGUCGCGCGAAGCUCCGCGCCUCUGGCCGCUCUACCUACGUCGCACCAAGCUCCGCGCCUCUGGCCGCUCUACCUACGUCGCACGAAGCUCCGCGCCUCUGGCCGCUCUAUCUACGUCGCACGAAGCUCCGCGCCUCUGGCCACUCUACCUACAUUGUGCCAAGCGCCGCACCUCUGGCCACUCUACCUAUGUCGCACGAAGCUCCGCGCCUCUGGCCACUCUACCUACAUUGUGCCAAGCUCCGCACCUCUGGCCGCUCUACCUACGUGGUGCCAAGCUCCGCGCCUCUGGCCACUCUACCUACGUCGCGCCAAGCUCCGCGCCUCUGGCCGCUCUACCUACAUUGUGCCAAGCUCCGCGCCUCUGGCCACUCUACCUAUGUUGUGCCAAGCUCCGUGCUGCUCGCCGCUCUACCUACGUGGUGCCAAGCUCCGCGCCUCUGGCCACUCUACCUACAUUGCAUGAAGAUCCACGCUGCUCGCCCUAUGUCGUGCAAAGCUCCGUGCCUCUGGCUGCUCUACCUACAUCGCACGAAGCUCCGUGCCUCUCGGAGCGGUGGUUUUGUCAGCGUGGGAGGGGCGUUCCGCCAACGGGAGAUGCAGUGCAGCAUAUACUCAUCCAAUGUUCUGUCAACGAAACUGACUUCUGUCAACAAAACCCUGUAGUGUGGACAAGGCCUUAGAGAAGUCUGAGUAUGUUAUGUCAACUGUUACCUUUACCAAUCAAACUUGUCAUCUCAUCAAAAAAUACAUCAAGUUAGUUUGACAGGGUCUAUUUCCCAUAAAGCUGUGAUGAUUGCCAUUAAUUAUACCACCCUCCUUUAAUUCUUUAUUAACCAAGUUCUGUAUCAGCUGCUCCAUUUGUUACACCUCCCCCAGAUCGGUGCUACAACCCCAGCUUUGGAACAGACUCUUGGAGGACCUCUCCAGUCGGCCAGACCCCUCAGCAGGUCCCACUCUUCCUUCAGGGCAGGCCAUGCAGCUACACCACCUCUGGAGAUGGGUCUUCCCUGGCUCUAGCACUUACUACCUCUGGGUCCAAGGGCACCGGCCAGUGGCCUUUGGUGAGGUCUGUGGUAAUGAGAUACCAGGCCCCGCUCCAACUUGUCUAGGGUCUCAUCAGUCAAGAGCACGGGGUAGGCAUCAGACACAGUGAUGGCACUGAGCUUCUGAUGGUCCCCACUGAACCAGAUCAACCCGUCCUUCCUGGGGAUCAGCACCACAGGCAAGGCCCAGGGGUUGGAGGAUGGCUGGGUCACCCCUAAAACCAGCGUGUCCUUGCCCUCUCUCUCCAGGUCCUGGGCUGGUUUCCUGUUUGCAGCAGACACCAAGUAAGGCCCAGCAGGUGCCGUAUCUGUUUGCCCUUGGCGCCAAAGGCAUUCAAAAGACUUUUCCUUUGAGUUGUUAGUGACUCACAAACAGGUGACAGAGUGCCCCUUCUCCUCCCCUUUUGCCCACUCUUCUCACAAAUGUUACCAUCAGGGCUUUGAGAUCCCUAGGUGGGGAUAUCCCGGGGUCAGCUACCCCCACGUUGCCUUUCCCCAGGUCCCACAUCUGGAGCAGCCCCAUUGGUUAGUUUCCCAGGACCCAGGCUUGGCCUCAUUCCUUUGGGUUCGUUUUCAUACCCAAACCCACAAACAUCUGCCAACCAGUCUGCACGGUGCAGCUCCUCCGGCUUCCUACUAGCACCAGGUUCAGCUUGCAGGACAGAUCCUGGCGUUGCUCAAACCCGAGCAGCUCGAAAAAAUGUGUGCGGAGACAAACUCCCAUCUGGGAGCAGGGGGGGCUUCCAUGUACAUCGAUCUCUUGGGCACUGCACACGCCAAACCCUCGUCCUGUGAGCACCACGCCCUCCAUCUGGCUAUGCACCUCUAUCACCAGGGCUCGGGCAGGGGCGAGAUGGUGGGACCAGGCUCAAAGCGCAGCCGUCUCAAAGGCCAAAGUCUGUAUCACCCUCCCUUAAACUGGGCACUUUGUACAACAUAGGUUCCCGUGGACUCUUCCCACUCGCCCCUCAAUGGGACCUCAUGCUCCUCCACAUCCAGGGGCUACUGUGGCUGCUUUUCCUGGUAUAUCCAGUGUCUCAGUCAGCUCCCUGCCUUGUGUACACCGCUGGGCUCCCUCCCUCCCUCUGCUGCAGCUCCAGAGAUGGGAAUUGGGCGUGAGGACGCCCUGCUGCUGCAUUCAUUGCCUUUGGGCUCUCAGAGCCCCGCCUGGGUCUGACCAGCCUUCUCCAGUCAUGCAACCAGCUGCACUCCCACACAGCUCUGCCAUGCUCUUCCUAGGGAGGGGGUGUCACGGACCCACAGGGUCUGGGCUCUGACCCCAACCUGGGAACGGUCCCUGGGAGGGACCUUCAGUGGGCCAGACCCCCCAGGUAUCACUCCUCCCCCAGGAUGAGCCAUGCAGCCUCCUCACCUCCUGCCUCAGCCCAUCGCUGGGCACCUGAGAGCAGUG